AUGGUCGGUGACAGUAUUCCUAAACUCGCGGUUCUCAUUGACGCAGACAAUGCGCGGUCCUCCAUGGUCAACCUCUUACUGUCAGAAAUUGCAAAAUAUGGCACUGCUCACGUGAAGCGGGCCUACGGGGACUGGACAAGUUCUGAUUUAAAGGGCUGGAAGGACGAGCUCCUUAGGCAGUCAAUCCAACCGAUCCAGCAGUUUGCGUACACCCACGGGAAAAAUGCGACCGACUCAGCUAUGAUCAUCGACGCGAUGGAUCUUCUAUACUCUGCUCGGUUUGACGGCUUCUGCCUUAUCUCCAGUGACAGUGACUUUACGCGGCUCGCCGCUCGUAUCCGUGAGUCUGGACUGAUUGUAUACGGACUCGGGGAGCAUAAGACGCCUAAGCCCUUCGUCGCUGCCUGCGACAAGUUUAUCUACACAGAGAACCUUGUGCACCUAGAGGAGCUUUUACCGCAUGCUGACAAGGCUGUCAUUCCCAAAAGCCAUUCGCCUACCCUAGAAACACAUGAAGGUAGCCACUUAGCAAGUCAGCUACGAACGACAGUAGAGACUGCCUCUGAUGACGAUGGAUGGGCUAGACUUUCCAAAGUCGGUCAACUCCUCACAACACAGUGUCCUGACUUCGACCCUCGUACAUACGGAUACUCUAAGCUUAGUGAUCUAAUCAACGCGUCGCCUUUGUUUGAGACUGCCCGCCGCUCCCCUCGAGACGGCUUAUCCAUAGAGAUCUGGGUACGAGAUAAGCGCCGGGAACGCAAGAGCUUUGCUUAA